AUGCUUGGUCCAGCUGUCAUUGUGAGUGACGAUCGGGGCCUUGUCAUCCCUCCCGCUACUGCUGCCAGUGGUUGGGACCCAGCUACGGCUGUUGCAGCAGCCUCGACUACCCUUAAGAGUUCUCGGGAGCUUAUGUGGGGUGGUGUCAUGAGAAAUCUUACCCAGAUGUACCCUAGUAGUCAGCUUCCUGAGAAGCUCGUAACCAACAUUCAGAAGCAUUUUGAUUCUUUACCCUUCAGAUAUGCUCAGUCGGGAUGUGACAUGAAAGAGGUCUUUCUUCACAUUAAAUUAAUAGAGCAGGCAGCGAUCGACGACUACCCUGCGAUUUUGAUUCAAGAAUUAUCCGAUGAGGAUACCCAAGGAUCUGUUUUAAAGCUCACAUUCGCCUGUAACUCUUCGAUUUCGUGGCUCACCUUGUCUGAAGCACUAGAUAGUGUGGUCAUUUGCUACAAGAAAAUCCAGAUCUUUGAGAAGAAGGGUUUUACUCUUGGGGUCAUUCUUGUUCUAGUUCAAUCUGGCCAAGAGAAACAAUUCAAGAUCAGGAUUCAGAGUGCCCUGAAAUCUGCCCUGAAGCCUAUACCGGCCACCAUGAAGCUCCCAUUUGGUCUCUGCGGGUGCUAGGAGGAGAAUACUAGGGGCCAAGAAAUAGUUGAGACUGACGAUGAGAAAGAUGAACAGAGUUACGGGAAUGGAGCUGUGAACUCGAACCCUAAGUUCCAGCUCCCUAAUCCA